AUGGAGGUGAGGGCACGAGCUCCGGGGAAGAUCAUACUCGCCGGAGAGCACGCUGUGGUUCAUGGAUCAACAGCCAUAGCCGCCGCCAUAGAUCUUUAUACUUAUGUCUCCCUUCGCUUCCCUACCCCUUCUGAUAAUGAUGAUACACUAAAACUCCAUCUGAAGGAUAUGGAUUUCGAGUUUUCGUGGCCAGUAGGAAGAAUCCAAGAAGCUAUUCCUGAAUUGGGUAGUCUUAGUGCUUCCUCACCAACAUCAUGCUCACUGGAGAUCACUAGAGCAAUUGCAGCUCUAGUUGAAGAACAGAACAUUCCCGAGGCAAAAAUAGGGCUCGCCUCUGGUGUUUCAGCAUUUCUCUGGCUCUACAUCGCCAUUCAUGGGUUUAAACCAGCAAAAGCAACUGUUACUUCUGAGCUUCCACUCGGAGCCGGCUUGGGUUCAUCUGCGGCCUUUUGUGUUGCUUUGUCAGCUGCCCUACUGUCUUUGUCAGAUUCUUUACAACUUGAUUUCAGCCACCAGGGUUGGCAAAUGUUUGGGGAGAGUGAGCUUGAUCUGGUGAACAAAUGGGCCUAUGAGGGCGAAAAAAUUAUACAUGGGAGGCCAUCCGGAAUUGACAAUACAGUUAGCACAUACGGUAACAUGAUUAAAUUCAAGUCAGGUGAAUUGACAAGGAUAAAGACAAAUAUGCCAUUGAAGAUGUUGAUAACUAAUACGAAAGUAGGGAGAAACACAAAAGCAUUGGUUGCUGGUGUUUCAGAAAGGACAACGAGGCAUCAAAGUGCUAUGGCUGCCGUAUUUAACGCUGUUGAUUCCAUCAGUAAUGAAGUUGCUGCGAUUAUUCAAUCACCAGUUUCUGAUGAUCUUGCCAUAACUGAGAAAGAAGAGAAACUAGAGGAGUUAAUGGAAAUGAAUCAGGGUUUGCUUCAGUGUAUGGGAGUCAGCCAUGCUUCCAUAGAAACGGUGCUACGAACAACCCUAAAAUACAAGUUAGCGUCUAAGUUGACUGGAGCUGGUGGAGGAGGAUGCGUUUUGACACUCCUACCAACUUUAUUAUCAGGGACAGUAGUUGAUAAAGUGAUUGCAGACUUGGAAACAAAUGGGUUCCAAUGCCUGACUGCUGGAAUUGGUGGCAGAGGCUUGGAGAUUUCCUUCAGCGGUACCUCGUGA